AUGGCAGACAAGAGGGAUAAAAUCGCUGCUGCGAGAAAAAAGCUGAAGCAGUAUCAAGCGCGCCAGAAGGAUCGGGAUGGGGAACCGUGCAACGAGCCGACACCACCGGACAUUGAUCUCGCGGCCCAGACGGCCCCUUCGUCGUCUUCUGCAUCGUCGACGACGGAGCUACCGGUGACCGUCCCGUUGCCAGUGGAACCGGUUCCCGACAGUCACUGGGAGCGAGAUUCAAACGGUCCAACCAACGAUGGAGCAGCCAGAAUUUCGAACUAUUUUACCACUAACAAAAGCACUGGCACAUUCCCCGUUUUCAACAGUCCACAGUCCGGGUUGGGAAUGGACAUUUUCGGGAGCAUUGAACCACAAAUUGCACCGGUUCCGGGGCCAUCUCAGCGUCAACCUGAUCCGCCAGCUCCGGCACCGGCCCCAGUGUUCGAUGCCAGUGUGUACAGCAUUAACAAAAUUUCCGACGAAAUCGGCAAUUUAAUAGCGAACGCGAACGCCGAUCUUGGGCCCCAGAACACGAUCCUGGAGCUGGAAUCGGAGAAGGCGGAUCUGGCGCGUCAGUUAAACGCCGAAAAGCUGGAAAACGAGGAACUGCGCCUACGGUUGCGCAAUAAUCAGUCGAGUACGGUACACGACAUUUAA